GCCGAAAUAGAUAUCAGCCCAAAUCCAAGUUCUUCAAGUGUAGAUUGGCCGAUUAGCCGCAGAUAUAAUACUAGUGAUCUGAGCCGUUUAUAGAUUGAUCGGGUCAAACCUUCGUGCGCCACAUUUGUAUCGAAUCACUAUAAUAAUCAGGCAUUAGCCGAGGCUUAACCGAAAACAGACGAUCCGGAGGAGAUUAGCAGUCUGCAGUCCCCUGCGUUCGGAGCCGCCGGAGUAGCAGCAGUUCGGGGAGAGAACGAUUUAGAACCGGCAGGCCCCGGACGGAACCAUAAGAUUGAUUCGUGAUCUGGAACUGGGCACUCUUCCUCCGGAUAUCCGAAGAUGCGCGUCGGCGCCGCCCUUGAUCGGUUCGGUUGUCGUCGCGGCUGCUGAGGAGGGUGCGAAAUGAGUCGGCGGACGUUUGAUCUCAGGAGACCGGCUCGGAGGCGAUGGUUCUCCGGUUCCUGGGUGUGGCUUGUAGCCGGCGGCCUUGGGAUGCUGCUGCUCCUUGUGGUGCUAAGUUGGGAGAAACUGCCGAGAUCCACGCCGCCGUUGGCCCGUCAGAAACUCUUCCGCUCUAGCCUAAUUGAAGAUCUAAACAUUACUGUUGAGAUGCUCAGUCCAUACUCCUUUACGAGGCAAAUUAUAGACCAAAUAUCUCUUGCAAAGACUUUGGUUGUGGUAUCUAAAGAUAACAAUAACCUCCAGUUCGCAGCGGAGCUUAGUUCCCAAAUUCGAAAAUGUCAAGCUCUUCUGUCAACUGCAGCAAUGAUGGAAACUUCAUUGGUGAUGAAGGAAUUGGAGGAAGCAAUUCGUGAUAUGGGUCUCCUGCUCUACCAAGCGCAACAACUCCAUUAUGACAGUGCUACCAUGAUUGUGAAGAUGAAAGGUCAAUUAUUGUCUCUUGAUGAGAAGAUGAAAUCUGAAACUGAAAAGAGCACCAAAUAUGGACAAAUAGCUGCUGAAGAACUGCCAAAAGGCCUCUAUUGUUUUGGUAUCAGGCUUACUAUGGAAUGGUUCAUGAACUCAAGUCUUCAAAGAAAACUUUUAGAAAGAAGGCACAGUCUCAGAAAGCUUAAGGACAAUAGCCUUUACCAUUUUUGUAUUUUCUCUGAUAAUAUCCUUGCUGCAUCAGCUGUGGUCAACUCUACGUCCAUGAACUCGAAGCAUCCUGAAAUGGUUGUAUUCCACCUGGUUACAGACGAGGUGAAUUAUGCUCCAAUGAGGGCCUGGUUCUCCAUGAACAAUUUCCGGGGUGCAGCCAUUGAGGUCCAGAAGGUGGAGGAUUUUAGCUGGCUUAAUGCCUCAUAUGUACCAGUUUUAAAGCAACUUCAAAACUCUGAAACACAGAACUACUAUUUUUCUGGUAGUGGCAAUAAUCGAACGCCAAUCAAGUUCAGGAACCCAAAGUACUUAUCAAUGUUAAACCACCUAAGGUUCUAUAUUCCAGAGGUCUAUCCAGCUUUACAAAAAGUGGUGUUUCUUGACGACGACAUUGUUGUUCAGAAGGAUCUCUCAGAAUUAUUCUCAAUCAACCUAAAUGGAAACGUGAUGGGUGCUGUAGAGACUUGCAUGGAGACAUUCCACCGGUUCCAUAAAUACCUGAACUAUUCCCACCCUCUAAUACAAGCACAUUUUGAUCCCAACGCAUGUGGCUGGGCAUUCGGAAUGAAUGUCCUUGAUCUAAGGGAGUGGCGGAAGAAGAAUGUAACAGGAAUCUAUCACUAUUGGCAGGAGAAGAAUGCUGACCAUUCCUUAUGGAAGCUCGGUACCUUGCCACCUGGCUUACUGGCUUUCUAUGGGUUGGUCGAGAAGUUGGACCCCGAAUGGCAUGUGCUAGGGUUGGGAUACACUAAUGUUGAUCCUUUGCUGAUAAAAAAUGGUGCAGUAUUGCACUAUAAUGGGAACAUGAAACCCUGGUUGAAGAUUGGAAAGGAGAAGUACAAGGGUUUCUGGGAAAAGUAUGUGGAUUUCUCACAUCCCUUCUUGCAGCAAUGCUUUAUUCAUGGUUAGACAUUUUGUGGUGAAUGCAAGUGUCAUUCAUGCUAUCUAUGAGACCAGUGGAAAGCCUACACCGGCCACAUUGGCAGUAAUAGUCUCUAGAAAUUGUAGACGAGAUAUAAAUUGUUUCUUCUGACAAAAUUUCCUCAAUGUAAUUUGCAGCUAGUAUUAGUUCUUUGUUUUUAUGAAUCUGAAUCUCAUCGUUAGGUCAUCUGACCCAGUUUUUGAAGGACUUGUUAAGAGCAGGUAGCUGUAGCAGAUACAUUAUUGUGCUUUCUUAUUUUUUUUUUUGUCAAAACCACAUAAUAAUCCAUAGUUUAUUCAGUUGUAA